GUUGCCGAUCUGGUGCGGAUCGUGGAUCUAUGUAGUAGAGCUUAAGUGGCCGACCUAACAGCCGCUGGGAGUGCUAAAGUUGAUCGUCUCGCUGAUCGCAUGUGUGUGUGUGUGUGAGUUGUCUCCCACUCUUAGCUCGGUUCACUCUCUCACUGCGUGAAGGCCCCGAAGUUAGGCCCUCGGAGUGACCUGGUGUGGUUCCGCCGUGCCGGUGGUGUUGGUGGUAUUCUGGCAGUGGAUUUUCUCAUUUUGUUGGAUUGGUUGUGUAGCGCUGCAGGUUUGGAAAGUUGUAAGCCCUCCAGAAGCGGUCUUGAGCGGAUGAACUGGUGGCAAUUCGUACGAUUGGUGCAAGUGAUAUUUGCUACUCAAAGAAGGGGCGCAUAAAUGUUGUUUUCCUGUAGUGGAAAUCCUACAUUUCACUGUUUGUAAAUAGUCUGUGAUCGUCUCGCAAGACCCAUCAUUGAAAUAAGGAAUAGUUUCACUCGAACGCUUCAACAUGAUGCAGCUCUUCAAUCUAUCCACCGCCCAGUUCGUUGCACGCACGGUAAGCAGCAUUAAGAAGAUGCCUUGCCCGUUCCUGACCCGUCUCAGCACGAACUACGUGCGCAACUAUGCUCCGGCCCUGCUGAAGGCGUACGGUGCCCAGUGUCCGGUGGUGCAGCGUACCAUCUCGUCGCUGCAGGGUUCCCAGGCCGGUACCGGAGGUGCUGUCGGUACUGGAGCUGCCGCUGGAACACAAGAGGCUGUUACCAAGAAGGAAACCUCGGCCGAGGCACGGCGCAAUUUAAGCUCGCUGCAGCAACCCAAAUCACUGCAGCCGGAAACGGUGGCCAACAAGCAGGUCGGUACGAAAAAGUGUCCCUUCUUGAGCACGGCAUCUCCGCAUGUUAAGGAGCUCGGUGCAGAAAGUGUGGAGGUACCGACGGAGCGCACGUUCCAGUACGAGGACUUCUUCCACGAGCAGAUCUUGCGCAAGAAGCAGGACCAUUCGUACCGGGUGUUCAAAAAGGUGAACCGUUUGGCGGCCGAAGGGCAGUUCCCGCGAGCGCUCGAGUACUCCUGGGGCGAACGACCGAUUACGGUAUGGUGUUCGAACGACUAUCUGGGCAUGUCGUGCCAUCCGGAGGUGAAACAGGCCGUCGCGGAAGCGCUUGAAACGUACGGUACGGGUGCGGGCGGUACCCGUAACAUCUCGGGUAACUCGAUGAACCACGAGAACCUGGAGCGUCGUUUGGCCGCGUUGCAUCAAAAGGAGAGUGCGCUACUGUUCACCUCCUGCUUUGUGGCGAACGAUUCGACGCUGUUCACGUUGGCGAAGGCACUGCCCGGUUGUCACAUUUUCUCCGAUGCCGGGAACCACGCCUCGAUGAUUCAAGGCAUCCGGAACAGUGGAGUACCGAAGCACAUCUUCCGGCAUAACGAUCCGGCGCAUCUGCGCGAAAUGUUGCAGCGCGUCGACCGGUCGCUGCCGAAAAUUGUCGCCUUCGAAACGGUGCACUCGAUGACGGGUGCCGUCUGCCCACUGGAGGAGCUGUGCGAAAUUGCGCACGAGUAUGGUGCGCUCACGUUCGUGGACGAGGUCCAUGCGGUCGGCUUGUACGGUGAGCAUGGUGCCGGGAUAGGAGAGCGCGAGGGUCAGCUGCACAAUAUGGACAUUAUUUCCGGCACGCUCGGAAAAGCGUUUGGUAAUGUGGGUGGAUACAUUGCCGGAACUUCGCUGCUGGUGGACAUGAUCCGGUCGUACGCGGCUGGGUUCAUUUUUACCACCUCGUUACCGCCCACCGUCCUGUGCGGUGCACUGAGAGCGGUGGACAUUCUGGCAUCGGAGGAGGGCCGUCAGCUGCGCGCCCGUCACCAGGAGAACGUUUGCUAUCUGCGGACACGGCUGCAGGAGGAAGGAUUCCCGGUGGAGCAUACGCCCAGCCAUAUCAUCCCGGUGAAGAUUGGUAACCCGCGCCAGUGUACGGAGGUGUCGGAUCAGAUGAUCCAACGCUUCGGACAUUACGUGCAAGCCAUCAACUAUCCGACGGUGGCGCGUGGUGAGGAGAAGCUUCGGCUGGCUCCGACGCCUCACCAUACGCCCGCCAUGAUGGACGAGAUGGUGCGCGACAUGAAGGUGGUAUGGCAGGAUCUUAAGAUGCCGCUGGGCGGCAAACACUGCCCGGAGGAGUGCACCUUCUGCCGAAAGCCAUUGUUGUUUGAUCGCUUCGAGGCACGCACCAGCGCUACGGCGGCAAACUGCGCUCGAGAGCUGAACUGCCAGAUACCGAACUGUCCGCAGAUUGCUGCCGUGGCCAAUUAGAGCUCCCGCCCGCUGAAAAACAGCGUGUGUGUGUGUGUCAGUUAGUUGGGUGCUUCGGUGUUGGGAACGCAGUUCGUCAAGCAAAAUUAUAUCCAUCGCAAUGGCAUAUCGUGCGAAUCAGAAAACAAAAUAACAAGGCGUUUAACUUUCGGACGUAAUCUCUAUCCGGUUUCCGUACGGAGCAUGUUCCCGUGUCUCUCUUCUGUCCGCAAGAUUUGCUGUAGAUGCAAACUGAAUGUGUUCACUGUUGUAACUGGUUAACUGUUGUUACUUCCGCUGUAGCGCCGCGCAAGGCAUUUCAGCUACUCUUUUGUUUUGUUUGUCUCUUGAAGCUACAAAAAGUGGCCCCUUGGGCCUUCCUUCAUUCCAGUCGCAGUUACCGCGUAAUGUUAUAUGUUUGUUUUUGUUUUAUUUAUUCCACCCCGGCCAGCAAAGCGGUCGCCUGGUGGUUGUGUACGAGGCAAUUUUGGACGAAUCCAAUAGAAAAAUUCUAUCUGUUGAGCAGCUUUACGUCGAUAUGUCAUUGACAAUAAAAUAAUAGUUGAAUCAAAAUAUCUAUUCCACAAAAAAUGUAUACUUAAACGGUCGUCUAAUAAAUGUGAAUUCAUUACAUGGGAUAA